AUGCACGUAAUUAACUCACUCGGUAGCAUUAGGGGCCUGGGUCUAGAUCUGAAGGCCAGUGCACGGACUUCAAAAGUUCUAAACGGCAUAGCGUGGGUGGAUGAGAUUUUGAGAAGAUGGAAGACAUGUGAAGUCUUCAAUUCAGAUGAAAUGUACCUGUCGAACUUCACUCCAUUUAAGAACAUGGAUUAUUCCACAACUCAACGAAUGGGCAAGCGUUCGCUCAGAAGCUCAAAUUCGAGGAGUCUCACAUUGUACAGUGUCCCUGCAAGACAGGUGUCGACAACCAUGUCAAGACGUUUGUUGAGCUGCUACUUAGUUUCUACUGGUUGGCAAACUGUCGAAGUAGCUCUCUACGCUGGACUUUUUGGUCGGACCGAUAUAUAUCGGUGA